UCUACAGGUAAAAGUAAUAAUUAUACCUUUUUUUUUUGGUUGCUUUAAACCUAGACAUUUCCAACGGGAUUGCCAAAAUACCUACUCUUUUCUAACUUCAAAUAUCACCUUCUUGUUCAUCCUCUAUAUAGGAAAAAAAAUUUCUUCUUAUUUUCUUCAUUCAUAAAGGAGUUUUUAAGACACCCUUUUGGAUUUUGAAGUGAUUUUUGUGGAAAAAAAGGAAUCUUGGAGAUACCCUUUUGGAUUUUUGAGGUAAAAAUGGAGUCUUGAAGAUAUCCCUUUUGGGUUUUGAAGUGGUUUUUGUGGGAAAAAAGGAGUCUUGGUGAUACCCUUUUGGAUUUUGAAGUGUUUUUUGUGGGAAAAAUGGAGUCUUGAUCAUAUACCCUUUUGGAUUUUGAAGUGAUUUUUGUGGAAAAAAAGGAAUCUUGAAGAUACCCUUUUGAUAUUUGAAGUGGUUUUUGAGGUAAAAAUAGAGUCUUGAUCAUACCCUUUUUGAUUUUAAAGUGUUUUAAUGUGGAAAAAAGGGAAUCUUGAAAGAUACUUUUUUUGAUAUUUGAAGUGAUUUUUGAGGUUAAAAAAGGAGUCUUGAUCAUACAUUUGAAGUGAUUUUUGAUGUAAAAAUUGAGUCUUGAUCAUACCCCUUUGGACUUUGAAGUGAUUUUUGUGAUAAAAAAGGAUUCUUGGAGACACCCUUUUUGAUAUUUGAGCUAAAAACAAAAAAAAUGGGAAAUUGUGGAAGAAAUGGAGGUGUUAGGCAAUAUAUAAGAUCAAAAGUUCCUCGUUUGAGAUGGACACCUGAUCUUCAUCAUUGUUUUGUUCAUGCUAUUGAAAAACUUGGUGGCCAAGAUAAGGCUACUCCUAAGCUUGUUCUUCAAAUGAUGGAUGUGAGAGGACUUACUAUUUCUCAUGUCAAAAGCCAUCUUCAGAUGUAUAGAAGCAUGAAGAGUGAUGUCAACAAGCAAGGAGAGAGAAUGAGUAUUCAACCAAGUAAAGAAGUGUGUUUAGGGGAUCUUGAUUGUCAUUAUCAACAACAAGAACAAGGAGAUGAAGGGUGUGUUGAACAACAAAAGCUUUUGGUUUACCAAUAUCCAUUAUCUUUUAGCAGCAACCCCAAUAUGAAGAGAACAGAUUCUACACCAUACUUUAACAGUGUUCAACCAACAAAAAGAGCUAGAAUAGAGAGGUGCAGCAGCCAGAGAAUACGUGAAGCAGUGAGCAAUGAGUACAACAGUAGAAAUGAUUAUAUUAUCCAUAGUAUUAUGGCAACUGAGAAAAAUGAAACAACACAACCAUUGUGCAAUAGUACUACUCAUAUCUUUAAUCCUCUUACAACAAGCAAUGAACUUCAAGAAUCUCUAUUUUUCAAGGUAUUGAAGACACAAGAUUCAAAUAGAGAUUCUUCGAAGAGAUUCAAAUUUGAGGAUUCGAUGAAGAUAGAUAAUGUUCGAGAAGAUGAUGAUGAACGUGGAUUAUCGUUGUCUCUCUCAUUGCAUCGUCCUACGACUCAGAGAAGCAACGCAUCGUCGAUAAUAAGUGAGAUUAGUGAAACAAUUUCUUCAUACUCAGGAGGCUUAAACUUGAAUGAUUGGAGAUCUUCAUCUGAAAAACAAAAUGUUAAUCUUAAUCUAUCUAUUGCAUUAUGAAACUUUUUUACUACAAGAAAAUUAAAUUCACCCCUUAGGUGAAAUUUUGAAAUUUUAUUAAGUCAUAUAUCAAGGGGUGAAUUUUUACUUUUUUUACUGUAGUGUUUCUCUCUAUCUUUUUUUUUUUUUUUGUUAUUAUUAUUUUGUCUUUUUGUUCAUGUUGAUAUUAGAGAAACACUCCAGUAACUUAAGUGUAUUGUAACUUUUAUGUAAUUUUUUUUUGUCAUUUUGAGUAAUCUAGGGUUUCAUAUUUGUCUUACUA